GAAUCCUCCCCACCAUGAUCCCUCCUCUCGUUGCUCUUCAUCUCUUCAUCUUUUUCCAUCUCUGCAUCUCCUCGCUCUCACCGGGUUACGCCGGUCUGCUCCACCCAUGUCAUCCAGACUCCGAUACCUCGCCGGAGGGCUCAAUGGGCGUCGUGGUGUACUGGUCGCCAUCGUGGCCGUGGCCAUCAUCAUCAUCUGGGCCUCACAGUUCCGCACCGCAUUGUAUCACACAUCGCCUUAUGUCCUACCGCCCACCGAGUUCUUGACAUACAAGGGCGCAGAUAUCCUCGGCCCUCUGCCACCACCGCUCAAGCCGAAGCGCUUCGGCAUGCGCGUGCCCAACGCCGUGCACUACGUCUAUGGUCUCAAGCCGGUCAAGGAGGGCGAGAUGGUCCCCGCGUUGCCGUACUAUGCGUACCUCGGGAUGCGGAGUGCGCUCGUCAACCUCCGGCCAGAAAAGAUCUACUUCCACUACAAGCACGAGCCUACAGGGCCAUGGUGGGAUCUCAUCAAGCCCCACCUCACACUCAUCAAGACCAACGUCCCCGAAUCGAUAUACGGGCGCGAAGUCAGCCACUUUGCGCACAAGGCCGACCUCGUGCGCCUGUGGGUCCUCGAGCGCAUGGGCGGCAUCUACCUCGACAUCGACAUGUAUGUGAUCCGAGACUUUGAUGACCUGCUCUACGCGCCCUCGACGAUGGGCAUGGAGGCGAGCCCCGACAGCCGCCGGACGCCGCUCGAACCGACAGGGUUGUGCAACGGCGUAAUCAUCGCUGAGCCACAUGCGCCCUUUAUCCGCAACUGGCUCAAGACGUAUGUCACGUUCAGCGGCGAUAACUGGGCCGGGCACUCGGUCGACAAGCCGUGGGAGCUGGCGCAGCUCUUCCCCGACCAAAUCCAGGUGCUGAAUACGACGGCCAUGUUCUGGCCGCUGUGGAGCGGGAACGAGGUCGACAUUAUCCACCAGGAGGACGGGUACGACUGGAACACGGGGCAGUACUCAUACCACGCAUGGGAGUCGAUGGCGAUGAAGUAUCUCACGGCGCUGAAUCCGCGCGAUAUCCGCACAAAGUCGACCAGCUUCCACCGUCUCGUAAGGCCCUUUGUCGGCCCAACAGACGACGAGGUGUAUAGCCAGCUCGAGUAGGCGUGUACGAUAAUAUGUGAUCGAUUCAGUGGUGGGAGGGGGGCUGUGAGGAGCAGAGGUUGGGAAGUGAAGUGAAUUUAGAGCUAGAGGAACUAGCGCUCAACAACCGGCUAGAUCAUUAAGAUAACGCGCAUAGGUUCCUGCGGAUCUGGCAUCCGGAUCACUUUCCGUUGGCUCCAGACCAUGUGAGACAUGCUCUUG